AUGAAUGCCAGUGCCAGUGCCGGAACAAAGGACAAAGACACUGUUAGCAGUGCCUUUGUUAAGCGACAGUGUUAUGUUGCGCAAAUGGAGGCUGCAAUGGUCGUAACUGUGCUUGAUGUAUCUGCGGCUCACUUUCUACGGUUCGGCGAACUGGGGGGUCAGUAUUUGGGGCUGAAACGCCGGGGAGAAACGAGAAUUUCUGAGGGCUGGGCCUAUCCGCGUCUACAUCCCGCGUCUUACAUCUACAAAAAGCCACGGAACCCACAGGCCUAUCCGCGUCUUCAUCCCGCGUCUUACAUCUACAAAAAGCCACGGAAGGCCUAUCCACGUCUUCAUCCCGCGUCUUACAUCUACAAAAAGCCACGGAACCCACAGGCCUAUCCGCGCUCAUCCCGGCGUCUUACAUCUACAAAAAAGCCACGGGAACCACAGGCCUAUCCGCGUCUUACAUCUACAAAAAGCCACGGAACCCCACAGGCCUAUCCGCGUCUUACAUCUACAAAAAGCCACGGAACCCACAGGCGUCUUACAUCUACAAGCCACGGAACCCACAGGCCUAUCCGCGUCUUCAUCCCGCGUCUUACAUCUACAAAAAGCCACGGAACCCACAGGCCUAUCCACGUCUUACAUCUACAAAAAGCCACGGAACCCACAGGCCUAUCCACGAAGCCACGGAACCCACAGGCCUAUCCGCGUCUUACAUCUAACAAAAAGCCACGGAACCCACAGGCCUAUCCCGUCUUCAUCCCGCGUCUUACAUCUACAAAAAAGCCACGGAACCCACAGGCCUAUCCACGUCUUCAUCCCGCGUCUUACAUACUACAAAAAGCCACGGAACCCACAGGCCUAUUCCGCGUCUUACAUCUACAAAAAAGCCACGGAAACCCACAGGCCUAUCCACGUCUUCAUCCCUCUUACAUCUACAAAAAGCCACGGAACCCACAGGCCUAUCUUCAUUCCCGCUCUUACAUCUACAAAAAGCCACGGAACCCACAGGCCUAUCCCGCGUCUUUCCCGCGUCUUACAUCUACAAAAAGCCACGGAACCCACAGGCCUACAUACAUCACAAAAAAGCCACGGAACCCACAGGCCUAUCCGCGUCUUCAUCCCGCGUCUUACAUCUACAAAAAGCCACGGAACCCACAGGCCUAUCCGCGUCUUCAUCCCGCCUCUUACAUCUACAAAAAGCCACGGAAACCCACAGGCCUAUCCCGUCUACAUCUACACAAAGCCACGGAAACCACAGGCCUAUCCGCAUCUUCAUCCCGCGUCUUACAUCUACAAAACCACGGAACCACCAGGCCUAUCCGCGUCUUCCGCGUCUUACAUCUACAAAAAGCCACGGAACCCACAGGCCUAUCCGCGUCUUCAUCCCGCGUCUUACAUCUACAAAAAGCCACGGAACCCACAGGCCUAUCCAGUCUUACUCCACGGAACCCACAGGCCUAUCCGCGUCUUACAUCUACGAGGCCUCACUUCCUCAAGGUGCUGAUAGCGGUCAAGACGCAGCCCACGAGAAACGACGAGGAAAUCCGAGAAAAUCCGAGAGGGUGA